AUGCGCAACUGCCUCCACACCGGAUCCGGUGACGUGACCACGACCGCCCGAGUUCCUUGUUUGUUCCUGACCCCCCACGUAGAGAGCGCUCGUUCCCCGUGUACGCCUCCAACACGAAGAAAACAGUUCGUUAACCCAGCGCGCCUGUUCCUGUGCAGGACGUCCCACGGGGGCUGGGGCCGGUCCCUCCGACCUGGGGGGCGGGAACCCGACUGGCCCUCCCACUCCUUCUCCCGCGAGCUCGAACAGCCAGAUUCCAGGCUACCUCCGCGAGCGUUCACGCACCCCCCAGGCGCAAAGCAUCGCCAGGAGAGCCAGACCCCUUCACACCCCCCCGCACGCCAGAGCUUGCUCCGCGAGCAUCUGGGCUGGCUUCCCAAACAACACGGCCAGAGGAAAAAAACAAGUGACAUGUCAAAGCUCAGGGUUUAA